CAUAUUGUGGGUGUGACGUUUUCUUUAUUAGACACAAUUUCUGAAGAGUUUCUAUUUCUUUGGAAGAACAUGAAGCAGAGGGACCUUCAAAACCUGCUGCUCAUCUUCUGCACUCUGAGCUGUGUGAGCGGUGCAGCACCACUGAUCCAUGUGUCUGGAUAUGAAGGGAGAGAUGUUAAAAUUUCCUGCCCCUAUGGAGAGGGUUACGAGUCUUAUGAGAAAUACCUGUGCAGGAAUGACUGUGGCAAUGGUGAUGAUGUUCUUAUUAUGACUACACAAGCAAACAAGAACAAAUACUCCAUCUCUGAUGACAUAAACAAACGAGUCCUCACAACCACCAUCUCUGAUCUGAGCUCUGUGGAUGCUGGGAAAUACUGGUGUGGGGUGACCAGAACUGGAAAGGAUUACUACCCUGCUGAAGUAAGACUGGACAUAGUGCCAGACAGCUGCUGUGAUCAGUUCAACAAAAUCCACAGUCAUGAGGAAGGUUCAGUGUCCAUCCCUUGUCCAUAUGACUCUAAGUACCAGAACAACCUGAAGUACAUCUGCAGAGGAAGGCAGCCCUCCAUAUGUCUGCAGACGGUAGUGGUCACCUCUAACAGAAAACUGAAUGGAAAGUUCACACUUACUGGUGACGAGGAGUCUGGGAACUUCACCGUGACCAUCACCAAUUUGACCCAAAAGGAUUCUGGGUGGUUCCUUUGCGGUGUCGAGAGAAACAAUGGCUUGGAUGUUUUCUCUGCUGUUAAGCUGGAAGUCAAAGAGUGGUGCUGUGUGAAGUCGAUAAGCCUGAGCGGCACCGUGGGACAUCCUCUUACUAUGCAGUGUCCCUAUCCAAGCCAACACAGGACAAACAGGAAGUUCCUCUGUAAGGGAAACCGCCGAAAUAACUGUGAAAUCCAGGUGACGAGUCAGAACUCAGGCCAGACUAGGAACAGGUUCACACUGCAGGAUGACGCUUCUUCCAGCUCUUUCUCUGUGAGGAUCACAGAGCUGAGAGCAGGUGAUGCUGGGACAUACUGGUGUGGUUCAGACUCACAGUGGAGUAUUGGAGACUACACCAAGAUUCACCUGUCAGCAGUUUUUCCAACCAGGACAAUAAUCCCUAUCACCAGUCAGACCGCAACUGUCAAAUCACAAUCAACCCAGAUCACUGAUAAACCUAUCAAAGUGACUUCACUCUUACACCCCGUGGUUUUCAUUGUGCCCACUGUACUGCUGCUCAUAUUGAUACUUGCCCUUGUCCUACUUUGUAAAUACAAAUGCUACAAAGUAAAAGGAGCUGGAGUCAUCGUGAACCAAAACGUAAUCAAGCAGGCAGAUGUAGAGGAAGUGAUCGGUGAAGAUAUUUAUGCAAAUGAGGAAGUCAUGGUGUGCUCAAAGGUGUCGACCUCCAAACAGCAGAGCAACUAUCGCCACUAUGAUGACACAGAAGACCAAGAAGACUCUGUGUAUCAAAACUGCGCCACAACAGAUGACAUCUACUGUAAUGAAUUUCUCAGUAAAGGCAAUAAGAGAUAAAAGAUAACCUUGCAGUGUUGUGCUGCAUUUGUACACAAGUUA